AAACCAGUAAACAAAAUGAGUUCUUCAGGUCUCAAGUUUAACUUGUUUAUGCCCCUUUUUCUCGGCUGUCUCAUGGCGGCAAACGCCGGCAACCUCCACAACGAUUUCGACAUCACAUGGGGAGAUGGCCGUGGUAACAUCAUCAACAAUGGAGAGGUUCUCACUCUUUCUCUCGAUAAAGCUUCUGGCUCUGGUUUCCAGUCCAAGAAUGAGUAUCUUUUUGGCAAGAUUGAUAUGCAACUCAAGCUUGUUCCCGGCAACUCUGCUGGCACAGUCACUGCAUAUUAUCUAUCUUCGAAAGGAUCGACAUGGGAUGAAAUUGAUUUCGAGUUCCUUGGGAAUCUGAGUGGCGACCCUUACAUUCUUCACACCAAUGUGUUCAGUCAAGGAAAGGGCAACAGAGAACAACAGUUCUACCUCUGGUUUGAUCCAACUGCCGAUUUCCAUACUUAUUCCAUCCUCUGGAAUCCCCAACGCAUCAUCUUCUCUGUGGAUGGUACACCCAUCAGAGAGUUCAAAAACAUGGAAUCGCUUGGUGUCCCGUUCCCCAAGAACCAGCCCAUGAGAAUUUACUCCAGCCUGUGGAACGCUGAUGACUGGGCCACAAGGGGUGGUCUGGUCAAGACCGAUUGGACCCAAGCUCCUUUCACCGCCUCUUACAGGAACUUCAAUGCCGAUGCUUGUGUGUGGUCCAAUGGAGCUACUUCCUGCAAAUCAAAUUCAUCAUCAUCCAACAACGCAUGGUUCUCUCAAGAGAUGGAUUCAACGAAUCAACAAAGGCUGCAAUGGGUGCAGAAGAACUAUAUGAUCUAUAACUACUGCACUGAUGCCAAGAGGUUCCCUCAAGGUCUACCGCCAGAGUGCAACAUGUCUUGAAAGACUUAUGAGCCAGCCACUUAGGGAUAAUUAUACCAGAUUAUCAAUAUUCAUUAUUCUUUGAUUAUUUUAUUAUCUUUAUUUUGAUAUUUGAGAAUUUUCAUUACUUUGUAUGUGAUAGAUUGAUAAAAACAUAUUCCAAAA